CUUGAGACACUUUAUCAUAUAUAUUAUAUAUAAGCGAACGCAGAAAGAGAAGCAGUUGUUGGUAUAGUAGCAAGAGAGGUUAAAACUUGGAAGCCAAUUCUGGAAAGUGUCGACAGUCGGGCAGUUAGGCUUUCGACCGACUGGAACAAAGAGAAGAAGGAACUAGAACGAUGAUUUUGCUGUUUACCAUCUUGGCGGCAUCCAUUGUCCCGCUGUUAUCCGCGACAAGCGUUCACAUUAGAUCCACGGAAUCUUGGAUUCACGGAGAUCAUUGCAACAACGACAUUUUAUCGUUACGUUUGGAUACCUCCACGAUUCCAAGAAACUUCAUUGCCUCUCCAAGUGUAAGAUGCGUAGAUAUGUCCAACAAUAAAUUGAACAUCAUCGAAGAAGGAGCUUUCGAUCAACUGCCAAAUUUAGAGUAUUUGAAUCUCCAAAAUCAUAGAAUUCGCCCAAGCAACCUAAUGUCAUUCGGCAAUCUUACAAAUAUCAAGAAGUUGAUUCUCAGUGACGGCGAGUACUACUAUGCAGAGCCAAUUAAUGUGCGUGGCGUCUAUCCACAGUUGCAGUAUUUGGAUUUGAGUAACACUCGCGGUUCUAGUAUAGAAAGUUCUGAGGAAAAUCCAUUCCCAGAAUUGAAGUAUCUUGAUUACUCGCAAAAUUCAAUUAGGAAGUUUGAGGUCAUAAACUUGAAUAUGUAUGAAAAAUUGACCUAUCUUUCCCUUGCUAGGAAUGAUAUUCAACGACUCUUGCUAACAAAAUUCUCCAAUUUGUCCUUUUUAAAUUUAGACAGUAAUUCAAUCGUUGAAAUAGGGUCAAGUUACAAUGGGGUAGACUUAACAGGCUUGACAAAAUUAAAUUAUCUCUCAGUAGCGAAUAACAAAAUUAGAGUCAUAUAUACAGAUGCGUUUAGAGACACCGUGAACCUUCGAUAUUUGAAUAUUUCCAGGACCACGUUAUCAACCCUUGACGCAAAGACAUUGUAUGACUUGAAAUCUUUGGAAGUUUUAAUACUAGAUCAUAACAACUUUAGUGCUGUUCCUAUAAUGCCGACACCCAUGAAUUUAACUACGCUCUCUAUGAACUAUAACAACGUGAUGAACAUAACAAACAGCUCCAAUUUGCCAUACUUGAAGACAUUGUUUUUAAGCAACAACAACAUUACCAACAUUCUCCCACAUAUGUUUGAAUCGUACGAAGUAUUAGAGGAGCUGUAUCUCGACGGUAAUCAAAUAACUUCUUUGCCACAGGGUUGGUGCGAUUCUAUGAAGAUGCUUCGGCUCUUGGACUUAUCUAGAAACAGGUUCACGGUGCUGGAAUCAAUAUUCAACUCGUACGUUCCUUCUUUGCAAUUAAUUUACAUCGAAGACAAUCCUCUCGAGUAUAUUGACGCCAGUACUUUCAAAAUAAUUCCUGAAAAUGUAACAAUUUACUUUAAGCAUUCUGUAAAUAGGUCCAUUCAUUUAACUAAAACAAGCUUUAGUUUCAAAGAUUUUAUUUAAAAGUUUCAUCUUUAUACAAUUGUAAUGAUAGUGACAAAUUUCAUCUCCUGUUACACAGCAACAUCCCAUGAACCAUCUUUGAUACGAUCAUAAUUCCCAUUAGUAUACCUUUCAUUGCUAAUAUGUAUGAUUUUAUAUUUAAACUUAUUUGCUGCUUAUGUAUAAAUUUAUUUACUUCAGAAAUAAAUCAAGUCAAUCAAUAUA